AAUUUAGCUGGGGUGAGGCCUACGCCCUAAUAAGUCAAAGUUACAGUAAAAUUUGUUUCUUUUGUGUGACAUUCUUGGUACUAUGUCUUGUGAGGUCGACACUUCUUUGGAGAUACUUUUUAAAAAGUUUCGCGUUAGAAAAUCUCGGUUACCAGCGGUAAUCAUAGCCAGGUGCGAUUUGCUAACCAAAAAAAUUGUCUUUGAAGAAGCAUAUGAAGAAAAAUCUCUAAAUGAAAUUAAAGAUUAUCUACCCGAAAGGGAGCCCAGGUUUCUGGCCUACACUUUUUUGUUUAAACACGAAGAUGGAAGGAUUUCACAACCUCUGGUUUUUAUUUAUGUGUCCCCGUUUGGCUGUAAGCCAGAACUGCAAACAUUGUACUCCACCUCAGUGCGUCCCUGUUUAGAAAGCUUAAAGUUGGCAAAGUGUUUUACCGUCAGAGAAAUCGAGGAGAUUUCUGACGACUGGUUAAUGGGGAUGUUUAUUUUUACGAGUAAUAUCGUCAACUUACCCGCACCGUGCGCCUACCCAGGGUUCGUUUGCAAGUUCUUAAGUCCACUGAUGGUUAUAGUCCUUCUAACACAUGCAAAAGAAACAGUAGUGGCAUUCCGGAAAAGACUACAAGUCGCUCCAGCCUUAGAUGCCAUGCAACGUCUCUGCGCAAAAAAUAUGGUGCACCGGUCAUAUGCCGCAGAAGUGUAA